AUGGCGGGCGCCGGCACCCGCGCGGCCGACAGCGCGAACUACAGGGGCGUUUUCGACGGCGGUUUGGGCUUCGGGCGCAGGAGCGCCGUGGUCGUGGUGGACUUCCUGAAGGCGUACACCGCGCCCGGCAGCGCGCUGCACUGCCCGGGCCGCGGUUCCGGCGCCGCGGACGCCGCGGCGGCCGCCGUGCCGCUGCUGGCGCUGGCGCGGAGCAGGGGCGUUCCGGUGCUGUACGCCGCGACGCGGUACGACCACCCCGCCGACGGGGGGCUGCUGGCGCAGAAGGUGCCUCUCCUGCGGUCCCUCACCAGAGGCAGCGCCCUGGCGGAGAUCGACGAGGCGGUGGCCCCACAGGCGGGAGACCGCGUCCUGGGCAAGCACUACCUGUCCGCGUUCUUCGGCACCAGCCUGGCGUCCGACCUGCAGGCCCUCGGCGUGGACACGUGCAUCGUUGUGGGCUGCUCCACCAGCGGCGGCGUCCGCGCAACCGUCCUGGAGGGCAUGCAGCUCGGCUUCCGGUGCGUCGUGCCGCGCGAGUGCGUGGGCGACCGCGAGGAGGCCGUCCACGAGGCCAACCUGUUCGACAUCAAUGCGAAGAACGGCGACGUGAUGCCCACGGCCGCCGUGAUGGACCACCUGACUGGCCUGCCGACGCCUGACGCCGCGGCCGGGCAGCCCGGUCUUCCGGCCAAGCGCGCGAGAGUUGGGGAGGCGGCCGCGCCACCCGCCGCGGGCGCGCCGGCGCCAGGCCCGAAGGAUGGCAUCAGCGCUGACGCCAACGCGUCGGCCCAGAACAACCGCGCCCGCUUCCUCCCACAGCUGCGGCCAGGG